GGAUGAUGAGAUAAUGAUGUACCCCAACCUCAACACUCAACAGCAUAUGCUCAACACCAAAAACAACUAAAGAGAGAGAGAAAGAAGUGUUUCAGAAAAGGAAAAGAAAGGUACUUCCUUUUUUAUCCCACAUUCUGAUCAUUCAUUCCAGUUGGUUUUGCAGUGAAACCAACUGGGAUUCACUUCAUUUCUACCCAUCAUGAGAUUUUGUAAGAUAAAGUUUUGAUCUUUGAUGCUUCUUUCUUUUCUAUUUUCUGUACUUGUGGGGUGAAAUAGGAGCUUAACUGGAUAUAGCAAAAGAAAACCACUUCUUUUUUCUGUUCCAUUACAGUUUGCCAAAUUAACAUCUGGGGUUUUUGUUUUAACCACUUGUUGUCUUGGUAUAAUUGUCCUUCCUAUGUGUUCUUUUAUGACAAGUAAGCUUUUCUUGAUGGGAUUUUAUUGCUUUUAAGUGAGCAAAGAUUCAAUCUUUAGCCAUCAAGAACCAAGAAAAUAACAAAAAUUGGAGCAAAACUUGAAUCUUUAGCCAUAGUUACAUGGUUGCAGUGAGUAAUUGGAGACAUUUUUGCUCAAGAAUUUGCAGUGAAGGGUUUGAUUAGGAGUUUUUAGAGGUGGGUUUGCAGCAGAAUCUUGAAAAUAGUUAAUUUGAGCUUUGUGUUGGAAUUAUGAGCUGUGUUUGCUUGAAAAUUGAGUGAAAUUCAGGUCAAUUAUUGAAGAUAGUGUUGACUUUUAAUGAGAUUUUCUGCUCUGAGUGGGUUUGCUCUUAAGCUAUCAAGGCAUUUUUUGAAGAUAUGUAGGUGGAUUCUAUUAAAGAUGUCCUUAAACUGCAAAUUGGUUGGCAUGAAUGGAAGCUUCUCUUCAAGUUUUAGGCUGAAAAAGGCCAGAGAGUCUUUGCAAGGACCAAAUUGUGGGUGGAGAUGGCAAACAAAGCUUUUGUUUUUAUGGCUCAUUUUCUUUGGAAUUGGAUUUUUUUGGUUGGUUAUUAGCUUAAAUGGUGUGGUUUAUAGUUGGAAGCAGGAAGCUUCAGAACCAAAUGAAGAUGAAUCUUAUUUUCUUCUUGAACGUUUCAAUGUCAGCAAUGAGCAAAUUCAAGCUUUAGCUACCUUAUUCUUUGAAAAAGAUCAGAAAAUUGUUGUUGAAGGGAAAAGAAAAAAAGAGAUUUCAUUCUUGAAAUGCUCCAAAGGUGAUGGGCAUGAAAUGCCUAUGAGUACUACCAUUACUUGCCUUCUCAAGGUGCUAGGUUCAGAGAGUCUGAAAUACGAGCAGCAAUAUGAGAUGCUUGUAGAGAAUAUUGAAGCAAAAGGCCAGUGCCCAGUUCCAGAUGAGGAGGCACUGAGAAAUAGUGACGUUUCACUAGAUGACAAGUCGUUACCAUUUGUUUUGCAUCGCUUAUCUUCACUAGUCUCAACAGAUCCUCAGUUCUUUGAAAAGAAAGCAUCAGAAAUAAGAGAAAUUGGGAAUCAUAACCCAGAUCAUUUUGAUAGUAAUGCCUUUUGUGUCACAAAACUAUGCUGGUGGGUCCUUCUCGGGGUUGUGGUCAGCUGGAAGAUACUUCAGUUAUGGACAAAAUGCGGGGAAAAUCAACAGCACAACUUCAUUCAGCCGCAAACACUACAGUCUCAUCAACUUCAUCCACUACAGCAGUUGCAGCAGCAGCAAGCUCGGAUUUCCUCUCGAACUGGUGGGAAGUGGAGGAAAAAGCUUCUUGUAAUGUUUGUCUUGGGUGGGGUGAUCCUGGCCAUCUGGUUGUAUAUGUACCUGAGUGCAGACAUUGCAUUGAGGAGGAAAGAAACACUGACAAGCAUGUGUGACGAACGAGCGCGAAUGUUGCAGGACCAGUUCAAUGUAAGCAUGAACCAUGUUCAUGCAUUGGCUAUUCUCAUUUCCACAUUUCACCAUGGAAAGCAACCUUCCGCAAUAGACCAGAAAACUUUUGAAGAAUAUACUGAGAGAACAGCUUUUGAGAGGCCACUUACAAGUGGUGUUGCCUAUGCUUUAAGGGUUCGUCACUCACAGAGAGAGGAGUUUGAGAAGCUGCAUGGGUGGACUAUCAAGAAAAUGGAAUCAGAGGACCAAACUUUAACACAGGAUUAUAUCCCUGCAAACUUGGAUCCUGCUCCUGAUCACGAUGAAUAUGCACCUGUCAUAUUUUCACAAGAAACGGUUUCCCAUAUCGUCUCGAUUGAUAUGAUGUCUGGAAAGGAAGACCGUGAGAACAUUUUGCGAGCAAGGGCUUCUGGCAAGGGGGUUUUGACGUCACCCUUUAAGCUCUUGAAAUCCAAUCACCUGGGUGUUGUUCUUACAUUUGCGGUCUAUAAUACUCAUCUCCCUCCUUAUGCUACCCCAAUGGACCGCAUCAAUGCUACUGUUGGGUACAUUGGUGCUUCUUACGAUGUUCCAUCAUUAGUCGAAAAGCUUCUGCAUCAGCUUGCGAGCAAGCAAACUAUUGUGGUAAAUGUUUAUGAUACAACUAACAAGUUUGCUCCAAUUAAAAUGUAUGGCAUGGAUGAGAACGACACAGGAUUACUGCAUGUUAGCAGCCUUGAUUUUGGGGAUCCUACACGGAACCACGAGAUGCAUUGCAGGUUCAAGCAUAAACCUUCUCCACCCUGGACAGCAAUAACUCUAUCUGGUGGAGUCCUUGUUAUCACUCUGCUUAUUGGUCAUAUCUUCCAUGCUGCCAUCAACCGAAUUGUUGAAGUUGAGGGUCAGUAUCAGGAAAUGAUGGAGCUCAAACAUCGUGCUGAGGCUGCAGAUGUAGCAAAAUCUCAGUUUCUUGCAACGGUUUCUCAUGAAAUCAGGACUCCGAUGAAUGGUGUUUUAGGGAUGCUGCAAAUGCUCAUGGACACAAACCUUGACCCUACGCAACUGGAUUAUGCACAAACUGCUCAUGCUAGUGGGAAAGAUCUGAUAUCAUUGAUUAAUGAGGUGCUGGAUCAGGCUAAGAUUGAAUCGGGAAGGCUUGAGCUGGAGGCUGUUCCUUUUGAUCUCCGUGCUGUACUUGAUAAUGUUUCAUCACUCUUCUCAGGAAAAUCUCAUAAAAAAGGGAUUGAGUUGGCUGUUUAUGUUUCUGAUCUAGUCCCGGAAGUUGUUAUCGGAGAUCCAGGGCGGUUCCGGCAGAUAAUUACGAAUCUAGUUGGAAACUCAAUUAAGUUCACAAAUGACAAAGGGCACAUAUUUGUCACAGUACAUUUAGCUGAUGAAGUGAGGAACCCUCGUGAUGUGACGGAUGAAAUCUUGAAACAAAGCUUAACCUUUGUUCAAGAAAGGUCAAAUAAUACCUUAAGUGGGUUUCCUGUAGUUGACAGAUGGCAAAGUUGGCAAAAGUUUGAAAGGCUGAGCAGCACAGAGGAAGAAGUGGGAAAGAUCAAGUUGUUAGUGACCAUAGAAGACACUGGUGUGGGAAUUCCUCUUGAAGCACAAGGCCGCAUAUUCACGCCUUUUAUGCAGGCCGACAGUUCAACAUCUCGAACAUAUGGUGGAACAGGGAUAGGACUGAGCAUUAGCAAACGGUUGGUGGACCUCAUGGGGGGAGAAAUAGGCUUUUUCAGUGAACCUGGCACAGGGAGUACAUUUUCAUUUACUGCAGCCUUUGCAAGAGGAGAAGAAGGUUCUUUAGAGCGUAAAUGGCAACAGCAUGAUCCAUCUGUUUCGGAAUUUAGUGGGUUAAGAGCAUUGGUGAUUGAUGAUAAAAGCAUUCGGGCAGAGGUCACAAGAUACCAUUUGCAAAGACUCAAAAUAUGCGUCAACAUAACUUCCACAAUGCGUUCCGCAUGUUCAUAUCUCUCUAAUACUAGUGCAUUGGAACAUUUAGCUGUGGUUUUUGUUGACAAAGAUAGUUGGGAUAACGAAACUUCUCUUACACUAAGUAAUAUGUUGAAAGAGCUCAGACCAAAUGGCUCAGCUACUGCUUUAGGAAAGCCUCCAAAAAUCUGCCUCUUAUGUAUGAGCUCUGCGGAGAGAGAUGAGCUCAAAUCAGCUGGAAUUGUGGACCAAGUGUUUGUAAAGCCUGUGCGGUUGAGCGGGUUGAUAGCAUGCUUUCAAGAAGCCAUUGGCUACCGAAAUAAGAAGCAAGUAACCCGAGGAAAACCUACUCUUGGAAGUCUGCUGACAGGAAAGCAUAUAUUGGUGGUAGACGAUAAUGUUGUAAACAGAAGAGUGGCAGAAGGUGCUCUAAAGAAGUACGGGGCGAUAGUGACCUGUGUAGACAGUGGAAAGGCUGCUUUGGCACAUCUUAAUCCUCCACACAAGUUUGAUGCUUGUUUUAUGGACCUCCAAAUGCCUGAAAUGGAUGGGUUUGAAGCGACACGACAAAUACGCAGUUUAGAAAACAAAUACAAUGAAAAAGUCGAUUGUGGUGAGUUACUUCCCAGCAUAUCGGCCAAAGUGGCUCAUUGGCACACUCCAAUAUUAGCAAUGACAGCAGAUGUAAUUCAAGCAACAAAUGAAGAGUGCAUGAGGUGCGGGAUGGAUGAUUAUGUAUCAAAACCGUUUGAAGAAGGGCAGCUUUAUUCAACAGUGGCACGCUUCUUUGAGUCAGGUUGAUUAGGACAUCAUUAACCGUGCAGCAGCGUCUUUUGAGGUCCAGUCUGAUGGUUUAGUUAACUUUUUUCCGGGAUAAAGGGCCUAAGCUAUUUGGAUAUCUAACGGAUUCCUCUGUUGGUAGUAGAGGACGGACCUUUGCCAGUCAGAUGUCUGACAGCUGACUCCCACUGUUGCUGCUGGAUGAUUUAGUAGCUCGUCCAAAACACCUCCACCUUCCUUUUGUGGAACGAUGGCUAACAACCACUAGGUUUGGAAAAUUAAACCAUGGAUACUCCCGGACUGCAAAAGCACUGACGAAGACUAAUCUAUGUAUAUUACACCUUUUCUCUGUCAAGUUUCUGAGAAUUGAAGCCAGUUCCCUAAGUCCCUUGAAGCAGGGUUGUGCCAAAAUGCUAAUGUUGUUCCUUUGUAUGUCCCGAGAUGUAUCCUGUGUUUCAGUAGCUCUCAUAUAAAAAGAAGUAUGUAAAUAGCAUCGCAGUCUUGAGAUAAGGGCAGCUUCAGGUAUGCAAACCAUGAGAGUGCAAUAUAGUUGCUUUUUCAUUCUGAACUGAUUUUUCUAUAAUUUCACCUGAGUAGAGGUUGAGUUUAGGACAUAAAUUCUAGCUAUGAUGAGAUCAGAUUAGAAUAGGCUCUACACUGAAAGUUUUUCUUCUUUUAUAAAUGUUUCUGUAGUGAGUCAAGUAUACUUAAAGCUGUAGAUUGUGUAAUAUUCUGUAAAUGAAGGUGCUGAAAAUAGGUUGAGCUUGGUGUUGUAAGUGAAAUAGUUUGAACUGUUGAAUACUAAAAUGUAACAUAUCUUUUGUGUGAAUAUCAAUUCUUUGCAUUAUCCAUGAGUUUUGAGUUA